GCAAAUACGGCUAGGUCAGCACAAGGCGCUUAAAUCCAUUUUUAUGAAACAUGCUAUUUUUUUAUUUUUUGUAAGGGCGGUCAACUCUUGGAAAAGUUUUGAGUACUAUGAUUCCGGGAAGUAGGAUGUGAGCCACAACUGUUGCUAAAAAUAGUCGCCUUCCCUCCCCCUCUACUCCAAAAGGCAUUUUAGUUUGGGUGAUUUGGCUGGGUGGCCGUGCAGCCCAUGGCCUCCUCCUUCCUUGCAAAGCGUAAUGGAGAAAUCCUUCAAGAUUUGGCACCACAAAUCCCACCGUGCCCCAGCCUGUCUGCUACUUCCUGGGGGAAUCUGCAGAAGGUGGCUUUAAGGAAUAGCUAGGAUUCCCGUGGAGGAGGUCCCGCAGAACCGUGCCCGAGGCCAGAGCGAGGGAGUGAAGACCAGGAGAGCUGGAGAGGCCACUCCAGACAAACUUCAUGUGCUUAAUGUAACUCUGAGCCCCCUUGAAUCUUUAACUUCGCUUUCCUUAAUUAAUCUGCCCAGGGCCUGUAUAUAAAUGGCUGUCCACAGCUGCUGCAAAUUGAUUUAUCUCCUGAUAAAGGUCGGGUUGCUGACCAAAGCAUUCUUUAUACCUUCUGUGUGAACUGAAAUGUGUUUUACAGGGAUUUUUUUCCCCCUCCUGGACUCCUUUUCAACAUCUGUACCAUUUUUAAGUGCACUCAGUGGCUUUUAUUAUCAUUGCCCUCCUUUGCAUAGAACAGGAGUGGAACUGGGUCUGUGCCCAGUGAGUCCACACUCCCUAGAAUACAAAUUGACCAGAUUCUCUGUGAUAAACGGUUUGUUAGUGUUGGGGGCCUCCUUUUAGUUUAUGGCAGCGUUUGCCUUGACCAUGUGAGUAUUCUGCUGUGCCCAGUUUCUCCUGUCACAGUUCUUUAGAAAAGGCUACCAAACACCAUUGUUUCUUAAACCAUCAUAGCCCCAACCUGAGCAUUCAUGUCAGCUGUGAUGUGUAUAUACGGAAACAAAUUUAUAAUUCUGUGGAUUUCCCCCUCGUUUAUCCUUAAAGUCUAGUUUUUAAUAUCAUUAGGAUUUUCAGAUAAUAAAGAUAGGGUUAUUUGAUUUCAUUUUCUCUUUUUUCUCUUUACUGAUGAUUAUUUUUUUCAAAAGAAUCUGACAGUCUCACCCAAUACUAAUCAGGGAAUCUUGGUUUGAUCCGGGCUUUUUUUUUUUGCAGCCAGGAUGGAUGCUGAGGAAGUUGAAUUCCAUUAUUUCUUGUACUGUGUUCAGCAUUUUAUAUUUUGUUGGUUUAUUCUUUUAAAAGAUAAAAUUCCAACAAAACAAUUGACCAGUCAGUCUUAUACUGGGUGCAUAAAAACCGACUUUUUAAAUACCGAAGAUAACUUUUUAUUAAAUCGUUUCGUUUAGGCAUUAGUAAUUUUAUUAUAAACCAUUUAGAUAGCAGUGACUUUAUUUGAAAAGCUAAAUAUUGCAUGGGAGAAUUUCAGUACUCAGUUUCUCCAGUGUCCUGUUUAUACCUAAUAAAAGCAGUGGGGAAAAUUAUUUUUUUCUUUAAUGUUUGGACAACUAAAAGCAGACUAGAAAUCUUUGAAAUGAUAUUUUCCUUUGUAGACCUAGUCUCUGUGGUCCAUUAAUACCUGCUAAUAAUUUGUGUUAAAAUGAUCUUAAAAAUCAUUCUAUGUCCAGCACAAUACAUUGCCCUCUUAAAUUGCAAAGACAGUAUUUUUGCAGCGGUGGGACUGCAGCUUUUUAAUAUUUGCACAAUUUUCUUUUCCUGAGAGAAGUAAAAUAUUGCUCUUGAUGUUAGUAUUUGAUGAUGCGCUCUCCCAUUGAGGUGUUAGUCUACAUAUUUGUAGAUAAAAAAGGACUUCAUAAAUUGCAAAGAACUACACAAAUGUAAGGUGCCAUUAUAAUUUAUUUUAUUGUCACAUAGAAGCUUAGCCAAAAAAAAAAUCUCGCAUUUCUUUAAACAUUGAAAAAGGAUCACGAGAAAGAAAUGCUUCCAAUAGGAAUGCUGGUCAGUGGUUGUCAGUUUAGGACAUUCUUCACUGUCAAAUCCUGUUUCUCACUUCUUUGAUAUGAACAUCAGCUGACAGGCACUGAAUGCAAAGCCUUCUUCACUGAGGUUUUAUGUAGGCAACAUAGCCCUUCAUAGCAAAGCAGUCUGAAAAAUUGGCACCUGCAGGAUUUGCAUGUGAAAAAAACUGAGUCAGUUGCAUUUUGCUGGAGUCUAUUACUGUAAGUUAUGUAAGUUCAGUGAGAAAGGCUAUUUAUUUGUUGCUGUUUGGGCAUUUAAAGGUUCUUUGUUUUAUGGACACCUUAUUCAUCAUAUAGUGAUCCACAGACUUUAUUGAUAGCAGAAGCAGGGAGAAGUGAGCUCUGGCUUUAUAGAAGUUAUUUAUUAUGGAAUGGAGGUGCUUUUAACCAUGUGCUUGCAGAGUGCACUUACAUUCAUAAUUUUUAAAAUGUGCCUUAAAAGAGUGAAUUCAUUCCACUUUGAGAGUCAUCUAUCAGAAGUUAAAUGCAUAAAACUAAGUUAACAUACAUAUCCUUUGAAAAUAAUCAAGAAUUUUGAUUUCUAUAUGUUAAUAACAACUUAAAAUCUAUAUGAAAAGAAUUUAAACCCUUUUUCUAAAUUUGGGAAAAAUGUUGUUUCCCCCAACUUGUUAAAUUAUGUUUGUCACCUGGAUGCCUUUUAAAAAUCCUAUUUAUGUAAAAUAACAAAUAUUCAAUCAACUAAAACACCUCUGUGAACCUGAGUAUUAUCUGUCAGUGGGAACAUUUUAUCCAGAAUAAGCUAUUUAUUAUUAUCUAGAGACACCUUCCAACUUCAUUUUUUUUCCACAGCCAUUAAUAUAAGAGUUCCUAAAUAAUGUUUAAAGAACAGUGAACAUUUUAUUAAAGCAAACAUUAGUUCAGUUUAAUGGAGGUAAUUGUAAGUGAUGAGACAGAGCAGGUUAUCUCUGUGUUGUUUAAACAGAAGGAGCUACUUUGCACCAUUUCCAGUAGCCAUCUGUAGAAGAGAAGGGUUUGCACCUGUCUGUCCAGACUAAUUAUAGAUUAGGGCCAAAGAAAUGAAAUUCGAGGAGGUUUUCAGCUAAUGAAAUCCAUACUGAUUUUAUUGUAAAUGUGUUUUAUGUAAAGAGGGUGAUGGUUGAGUUCUGAGUGAAUAAAUCGCUAUGUAGCUGCUAGGCACUUGGUUUUGAAGCACAAUUCUGCUGCAUUAACCUUUGAUAUUAAAAAAAAAAAAAAAAAAAAAGACAACUUAGACGUGGAUGCUAGCCUUUGUUUGGCAUCCAUAGCUACAAUUUAGUGAGCAGCAGUGAGGUUCAGUGUGCAAUUUAGAAAUGUGCUGUAUAAAGCAGCUUAAACAUUAAGAAUAUUAUGAUAUUCUGAAAUGCAGAUGAAGUAGAAGGUAGGUUCUGUUUUAGCUUAUGCAUAUAAAACAUUGGAAAAUUGGAAAGGCUUUUUCUUUUUCCUACAUUUCAGCUUCGUAUACAUGAGAAAUUAAAGCAAAAUGAGUGAAGAAUGCAUUCUGCUAUAAAAGGUCACAUGAAUGUCUACCACAUCUGUUUAUAGUAAUUAUGAACAUAAUUAACAUAAGAAUUACAAAUGAAAUAAUGACAAGCUGAGCAAGGAGAUAUUAUGCCAUAAUGGUCAUAUGUUGGAAUUCUCACAUUAUAGCACACUAGAAUUCACAUACUCAAAGAAAGAAAGAAAAUGCUAGAUUUUUAUCUGAAUUAAUGCUUCAAAACUUAUCUGCCUGGGGCAGAUGGACUUCUUGCUUUUAUAGGAAGGUAACUAUUAUUAAGAAAAGAACUAGUUGAAAUUAAGAUUUCUAGUCUGUAGCCUGGACUUUAAGACAGCUGUGAUUAUAGAAAUCACUUUCUGUUGUACACUUCUGUGAUUAUACUUCUUGAUUAUUGUAUUGCUUUUUUUUUUUUUUUUUCCUUUCAAUUGAAAGCUUUGCAGCAAAGUGUUUGCUUUGGAAGAGAGUCAUGGAUUCUUCCCAUUUGAGAAUUGGUUGAUCUUUUCUAUAACUGUGAGCCAAAAGUCAAUGAACAAACAAGGUACUAACAGAAAUACUGUGCAUUUAUAAAAUAAGACCAUUGGCAGAUUAGCUUUUGUACAGAUUAGCCUCUAGUAUUUGGGAUGCCCCUUAAAAAAAAUAGCAAACCUUCUCUGGGUUUGAAAGCGGUAGUAAUGCAAUUUUAUUUUUAAAAUAGCAUUUCUUAAAAGGGCAUGUAAUGGAAAAAUCUGUGGGCACCUAUAAAUGGUAUUUUUCUUCCCCUAGAGUUUUGUUGGAUUUUCAGGUAUUUGUAUGUAGUCUGUGUCCAAACUGAUCUAACUAAAAUUCAGUAAAGGGUGGGGGUAUGUAUGGUUGCUUUCGGUUACUCUGAAUGCAUUUUUCUAGAAUAGCUAGAGAAAAGGUGAAAGGUGACCUUUUUUGAGAGCUAAAAUGAUCCUCCAGAAAUCUGUUAUUACAUUGAAAACAUGUAAGAAUGACAGAUUUUCACCCAUUUACAGCUCACUUGAUUUUGUGAUGUAGCCUGCCAAAUGUUUUCCUUCCUAUGUUUGCACCCUUCUCUAACUAUUGAACCUGGUCACUUUUUGAAGAUUUAUGGAGAAAUAUUACCUUGUUCUCAUCUCAGUGAUAACAUGAGGUUUUCCACAUUAUUGGAUUACUGGAGGAUUGUGGCAGACCCCUUUUUAUCUGACAUUCAUUGCAUGACAAGAUUUUCACACAUGCCCUUCCCCCACCUAUGCCCAGCUUUUUUCACUUUGUGUUACCUAUCAAAUUUCUUUUAAUUCUAUUCUUGGGGUUGGAACAUUGGUGUGUAUGUGUUUGGGUGGGGUAGAGGGAGAGGGGGUGGUGCUCCCCUACACAUAAAACCGUUUUUUGGCCAAGUGAUUUGCAGGGGAGUGCCUGAUUAAACAAUGCUUCUCUUCAUUUUCUAAAGGGCCUCUUAAAAUUUGGCUCCCCUAAAAGGCAGGGGCUAGUUCUCUUGCUAUUCUGUUUUUAGCCUUACCCUCUACCCCCAUUCUAUUCCUUUCUACGGAGACCCCAUGCAGAAGCUAUUUUAUAAUCUAAAGUUUCACAGCAGCUAGGGCUACAGUGUACACUAUUGAACAGUUGUAUAGUUUAUUGGCUCCUUCAUUCUGAACUCACUCUUCAUACUGUAGUGAGAGCUUCUUAACCAAGCUUCAGUGCCUUGAAACACAGCAUAACCAAAUACUUCCCCUCCCCCUAAUAAAAUAACGUCCUUUGCUGCAUUAUCUGCACUCCAUUAAGGAUCUGAUCAGAUGUUCACAUUGUCUGAUGGGUGUAUUUAAAAGUGAAAAGGGGCUCCCAAGGGACUACUCAGGUGUAUCUCCUUCCUGACCCUGCUGGGGAGGUGGAUGAACUCUGGACUGAGGGACGAGCAUUAGCCCUUGCUUGUUCUCUGAUUGAUUCUCUGGCAAUGGGUGGGUGAAGAGCCACGAGGCAGCUCAAGCCGAGAUUGAUUGCCUCAAUUUCAGAUUCCCACCUCCAAAACAGACUCUCAGAUGCACACAUAAAGACCUCCCUCCCCCAGCACAAUUUCUGGAGGUGGAGCAGGUCUCUAAGAGUCACCUGUAGCUACCAAUCACAAGUGGUCCUACUUAUCACAAUGAUGCUGGCUGCAGGAGUCUUCAGCUGGGACUCAUUUAAGUUCAGGGACAGGAGCUAUUCUAUAUCUCUGCAUGUGUGAGUGUGCAGGGGCUGGAAUUUAGGAGUAUUGGGGUCAGCAAAGAAAGGGACAAGAACUGCGACUUGAGAUUGAUCUGGAGGGCCGCUUAACUGCAUCUUAGACUCAGUAGGUUUGUUUUGCAAAUUGUGGCUAUUUAGAUGGAGGUGAGAUGGUGACUGUCUCCCUUGGCUCUGCCGAAAGAGAGCUCUUGAUCCUCCUCUGACCUUGACAGAAUCUCUAAUGUGUUUUCAGCCUAGCCCUGGAGCACGGAAAUACAGUUUGCUGGAUUCCUCCCUUUUUUGGGUGGUAGGGGCAGAUUUGGGCUUACAGGCGACUCCUAGCCUGCCUCUCAUUCCCAGACAGGCUUAAGGUAGCUCUCCCCCACUUUCUGGCCCCAUCCUGGGGUCUGAGCCCCCGCCCCCUCCGUCCCUUUCCAUUCUUUCCUUCCCUCCUGCCUGUGUCUCUUUCCCUCUCUCUCUCCCACUUUUCCUCCCUCUCCCGCUCCGUCUCACACGCACCCUCUGUUUAUUUUCCUGCCUCCAUCUGGGCCCUGCUGAUAUUGUAAUCACCCUGAUGCACGUUGGCUUCUCUCCUCUCCCUCCUGCGCUCACACACUCACUCACACACAAUGUGCCAUCCUGACAAGCCUUUUACUUCUGAUAAGCUCCAAUGUGUGUUUAAUGAAUACAAAGCCGCGGUCUGGGUGCCGCCUCGGCCGCGGCCGCUCUCCCGCGCUCCUUUGCCAGAAGCUGGCGGAGAGAAUUUACAUUUAAAGAUUAGCAGAGUGAGAAAGAGAAAUCUGCCUUUUGUUGUGCGGGGUGAGGAGGAGGCAUCUACCCUGGCCUUGACGCUAUCUCCCAUCACCUCUGCUAUCCAGACAGGACUCACCGAGAAAAGAUUGAUCUCUGGGCUGGUGAACAUAAUCUCUGUCCCAGUCAGAAAAGGAGAGAGGAAAUUAGCAGAGCGAUUGGUGGAGAAUGAUAUCUGUCAAAAGAAACACUUGGAGAGCACUGAGUUUAGUAAUAGGUAUGUUUUUGUAGAGAAGAAAGGAGAAUGGGCAUUGCUUACUUUCACUCUGUGCGAUGACACAAGUGUGCUUACAGUACUCUCCUCUCUCCACCCCCUUCCCAUCCUUUUCAUAGACGCGCAUCGGGAAUUCCUUCACAGGCCUGCGUCUGGAUACGUGCCAGAGGAGAUCUGGAAGAAAGCUGAGGAGGCUGUCAACGAGGUGAAGCGCCAGGCGAUGACAGAGCUGCAGAAGGCCGUGUCUGAGGCAGAGCGGAAAGCCCAUGACAUGAUCACGACGGAGCGGGCCAAGAUGGAGCGCACGGUCGCCGAGGCCAAGCGGCAGGCAGCAGAGGAUGCGCUGGCAGUUAUCAAUCAGCAGGAGGAUUCGAGCGAGAGUUGCUGGAAUUGUGGCCGUAAAGCGAGUGAAACCUGCAGUGGCUGUAACACAGCCCGAUACUGUGGCUCAUUUUGCCAGCACAAAGACUGGGAGAAGCACCACCACAUCUGUGGACAGACCCUGCAGGCCCAGCAGCAGGGAGACACACCUGCAGUCAGCUCCUCCGUCACGCCCAACAGCGGGGCUGGGAGCCCAAUGGACACACCACCAGCAGCCACUCCGAGGUCAACCACCCCGGGAACCCCUUCCACCAUAGAGACAACCCCUCGCUAGACAUGAACUCAGAACUGUCGAAGGAAAGACAACACAACCAACGCGAAACCAAUUCCUCAUCCUCAGAUGCUCAAAGUUGUUUUUUUUUUGUUUGUUUGUUUAUUAGAUGAAUUAUCCUAUUUCAGUACUUCAGCAAGAGAGAACCUAACUGUAUCUUGAGGUGGUAGUAAUACAGAGGGCCAGUAACGGGUCGUAAUGACUUAUUGUGGAUAACAAAGAUAUCUUUUCUUUAGAGAACUGAAAAGAGAGCAGAGAAUAUAACAUGAAAUGAUAGAUUUGACCUCCUCCCUGUUAUUUUCAAGUAGCUGGGAUUUUAAACUAGAUGACCUCAUUAACCGAUGCUUUACCAAACAGCAAACCAAGAGAUUGCUAAUUGCUGUUGAAAGCAAAAAUGCUAAUAUUAAAAGUCACAAUGUUCUUUAUAUACAAUAAUGGAAAAAAAAAGAAAACCCUCAAGGGCAUGAGCAUUGGAUACAGCAGUAGACAUUUUAACAAGAAGAUGAAUGGCGUCCGUGGGUUGCUAACUGAACUUUGAAGACCCGCUACAAAAUGCGCAGAUGUGCAGCAGAUUGGAAGGAGACACAGAUGUUCGUUUUUUUUCCUGUUUCUGAAAAGAAAUAAUAAUAUCCAGGUCAACAGAAUGAAAAAUGAAAGAUGAUUUGCAGUGGGAUGUAUGAAUACAGCAGCAAGAAAAAAAAAUGCCAUAAUACAAAAGGAUAUAUAUAUCUACAUACACUCACACACACACACACACACACACACACACACACACACACACAUAUGCACACACACACACACACAGAGAAGUAAGAGACUCAGCCUGCAGUUAAUUAGCAUUCUGGCAGUUUUGACAUCAGCCAGCUGCCCUAAAUAACCCUUCAACGUUUCUUCACUUUUGCAAGGUUCCACAGAGUAAGACAUUGGGUCUAUUCCAGCUCAUUCAUUUUAUAUUGAAAAAAAUAAUAAUUUUAAAAAUGGUGGCUUCAGCUCCAGCCCCUUUCCAAAAUUUUUCAACCCCACCCUGUUUGGAUUUUUAAUUAAAAACUAGUAGUUCUCUUGGUGUUAAAACACUUCUGUCCUGUGAGGUUUCCCAAUGGUGUUUUUCUUGUAAAUGUGUUGGACAAAUGUGAAGAUGCAUUGUAGUUUAACCAUAUGCCCACAUUUAGUCUCUUUAUUCCUAGUUGGUGAGAAACCUGUAUCUUUCUAUGCUGCUUUUAUAUCUGUAUGUAUUAGUGAUAUUUCUCUAGUAGUUAAAAAAAAAAAAGGAAAAAAAAGACUCUUUUUGGUUGUCCUCAAGAAAAGAAAAAAGCUAUCUUUCGGAGCUGCUAUUUCACUCUCUUAUAGGAUUUUUUUUCCUGAAAACCAGCAUGCUUCAUGGAAUGCUAACAUAUUGGUGUUUUUGUAAGAGGGAUGUACAUAAAUGUAUUUUGCACUGUCACAAUGACUCCCUAGGCAUGCUUUUUUUUUUUUUUUUUUUUUGAGCAAACUCUUUUUAAAUAUGCUAGAGCCAUUUCAUCAAGUUUAGCUGUAGCAUAGAGUAGUUGUGAAAUUUUUCUUUUCUUUUUUUUUUUAAAUCAUUUUUAGGGACUUUUUUAAAAAAAUAAAAUAACAAGAUAUCCUACUUUAAAAAAAAAAAAGGACAGUGCAUGCAUAUUGCUGUAAGGUCGUUUAAGUAUUUCUAAUUUUACAAAAAUAAAAAUCAUUAAAGCUCCAAAUGCUGAGGUGUAGACUGACAGCUUUAACACUGCUGAAUGCCAGGUUAUACAGUAUUCUUACAAAAAGGGAAGUCAGCCAAAGACUGAUCUGAUGGACCAAAAUCGGAAUUUUGAAAAGCACCAGUACUAUUUUCCAAACAAUCAGCAGGUUAAACAUGUUCAGCAAGGUAUAGUAUGAAUCCAUUAACCCUUCGUUGUCCAGGGUCCAGACCAGAACUACUUGUUAGUUUUGAAAACAGUAGCCCAGGAUGUGGUUGUGUGCUUUAGGAAAGUCAGCAGUGCUGCAGGCUGUGUAGACAACCAAAGUUUACAAGGCUGGGAAGACACUUCUCCAAAUACAUAUACACCAGGCAUUUCUUUAAAAAUAAAAAACAAUCCAUUAGCUUUGGGGGGGGGUUAAAUGUAGGCCUUGGAAACAGUUUUUAAGUGGCUUUUAAGUAUCUGCAUAGAGGCAAUCCUAAGGUUUGCUUUAAGUCUCUUAAAUCUAACAUUUUUUAAAGCAUUUCUUCCCUGUAUUUUCAUAUACAAGUUGGUUUUAAUUUUGUUUGGGUGGUGUUAUUUUUUUUUAAUGACUUUUUAGUUUAGAAAGUUCUGAUGAGCAAAUAAAUACAUCUAUCUACAUGUUGGAAGUCCAUCUGCCAGCACACCUGCUUAAAGUGAAAUGAAAGCACAUAACCAGGCUCUGAAUGGGUUAUAUUUUAUCAUGGUGCUCCCAGAAUCCUUUGACCUCACUCUGCUUUCUAGUCUGCUUGUGACACUGGACAGUCCUUUCUUACAGAGCUAUUAUAUGUUCUAGGCUACGAAGGGUUAAAUAAUCCCAAAAAUGAGGUGUCAUACCCACACGUCUUUAUCUCUAGAAGCUGUGAUGUAUGUGAAACAGCACUGUUAUUCUUAACACUAGUGUGUAAAAUAAGGAUUAGUACAGUACGUCUCAUUACUUUUUAAUUCAGGGCACCCUGAGUGAAAACAAAUACAAAAAAAAAAAAAAUCCCUAACUCUGAGCUCUAUCUCUGAUUCCUCUUCCUCCUUCCCCUCUUCCUCCUCCUCUCCUCCUCUUCCUCUCCUCCUGUUUUGCUACAUUCUCCUCAGUGGCAAAAAGUUUCACUCUACCUCUGACAGCAUGUAUAUUGCACCAGUAGCUAACAAAAACUGGUCUAGUCAAACCAAAUGGGCACAAAAGAACCAGGAUACCAAAAGUUAAGCUCAUACAGCUGCAAACCAUAUCACUUCUUGGUAACAAUGCAGACCUCAUAAACCUAAAGAAGAGAAAGAAAAGAAAACUUUUGUUACUUUCCUUUUUUGCUUGUCACUUAUAUACAGGCUAUGUGAGAAUAUAAUUUGUAGGUAUAACACAUUAAAAAAAAAGUUAUCUUCAUUGGAUAGAAUUGAAUGGUGGUCGCUGAUAGGAAUAGGGCGUCCUCUAUCUCUUAUCUCUGUCUCUUACUCUUUUCUCUUUCUCUUUUUCUCUUUGUCAUGAGACUAUGUGUGACAGGGCCACCUGUCUUUUUUUUCUUAAUUUUUUUUAUGUGUAGGUGCAUGUCUUGGGGAUUUAAAAAUUUCAAGGCUGGUUUACUUAUGCAAAGCAUGCCUACGUCUGGAAUACUUAGGGAAAGAAAGCGACUCCAUGUUGUCCGAAUUCCUCAAGGGACAGAAAAAAAAUUGGAGACUGUUGAAAUGCAGAUUUGAAGUAAUUUUUUUUAAAUAUUAUUUUGGGUUCUGCGACAUUGUGAAAAAUUAAAGUUGUUGUGCAAUACUUAAUUCAGACAUGUACCACAAGUUAAUGGUAGACUAACACUGGGGGGUGGGGUCUAGGCAUCAUGCUUUUGUCAGCAUACUCUUGAGCUUUUAAGUCUACUAUGUCUGAACUGUGGUUUCUUGUUUAUCCUUUUUUCCUUAGUUGGACUGUAAUGUAUGGUCUGUCAACCUGUGAAUCUUUAAAGUAUGAUUCAGGUAUUGUUGUAUUCUUUACUGUGUAAUAAAAAAAGUUGAAAAAAAUCUGGAUCCUCUGUCUCCCUUCCUCAGUGUGCCAUGGUUGCCCACCCAGUGACCCCAGCUUGGGGAGUCCAUCCUCCAUGGUGCUGAAUCAGAUCCAUAGAGUUUAUUCAGCUACAAAGUAUGCCUCUGUAACAGGAGUUGGCUUAUCCAUGCGUGGUGAGUAGGGAAUGAUGUCAGAACUAUGCAAAAGUCAAACUCUUUCACAGGGGAUGUUUCUCAGGCAGGAGGAGUCAGAAGAGUGAGAGGAGAAUUAGAAACUUCCAUAGGAAAGGAGAGCUUGGCUUGCCUAGACUAGCUGCUGCAUAGGUAGCAGGGGCCCUUUUGGCUAUGUUUUGAUAAAAUUAGAAAUGAGUACCUAAAUCUGGGUCACUCUGCUCAGAGAGGUUCAUCCCAACCUCAUGAGGCUCUGACUCUUGGCAAGUUGUUUGGCUCCAUUGUGCACACCUGAAUGGUAGAUCCGCUGACAUGACGCACAGCUGCUUUAUUUGCCUUGUCCCCAUCCUCUAAUUAAAAGUCGCCGGCAUUGGCACUCUUGGUUAUGUAGUUAAUAUCCAGUAUGCCUGCCUCCAACUUGCUGGAACGUCCAGUUAUCCCCUCUGAUGCAUAGUUUUUCAUACUUCAGUUACAAAGUUGGUUAGAGUUUGAAGACCCAACCCGUCUCCCCUGCCCUGUGAAUGCUGUUAAUUUUUAUAUGUAGUUUUAAAAACAGAUUUUUUUUAAAGUAUCUUACAUACUGUGUUGUAGCAGAAAUUCCUGUUUCCUCUGAAUGUUCCAACUUUAUAGGCCAAAAAAAAAAAAUCAUUGCAAAAAAUACAGCAGGUGCCAGAGCCCAUGUCUGGAGAAGAGUCGUGAAGGUCAAUGCUAGUUACAUGGGAGAUUGGAUUGGGCCCCUUCAGUUUCCUUCUUGUGGCAGCUAGGUCCCUGUUCCAAGGCCUGGCUUCUCUAACUUGUCUUCCUGGGAAAUGCAGCUUUUCCAAGAACUUGGUAGUGCACACCAGUAAAAAAUAUAAGAACAGAUUUUUUUAAAUGGUGGAAACACCCUCACUCCCACGCUUCUGACAGUUGGGGUUGGAUAUUUGAUUUGAUAGUUACUCCUUUUUUUCCACAGAAGAAAGGCCAGCCUGACCCAAGUUGCCUAUUUUUAAUGUGUUAAUGCAUCUUAUUUUCUCUUCAAAGUGAAAAAGGCCAGAAACUAGCAGAUAGAAAUGGAACCCAUUGACGUAGUUCUCUUAUAAGCAGUUCUUGCAAAUGCCUCUGUGACGUUUUCAUUCAAGUGGAUAUGUUGGACAAAUAGGGAAUGGUUUUAGUUUACGUGAACAAUAAGAGACUUCCAGGUGGUGGACAUCAUUUUUUAAAGAAGUGUGAAUGAUGUAUCUGGUAACAUUAUACAAAGAUGUGUCUCCCAUGAAAGAACAUUCAGCUAUUCCCUGGAAUGGAUGGGGAAUAAAUGAGCAAAGGAGUGUUGUUCUGUAUGGGUAUCUCUAUCCUUAUUCCAAGGUGAAUAAAUAAAGUUGUAUUUGC